UAUUGCAAAUGGCUACAGCCUCUACUAUGGAGUAAUAAAAUGUGAUGUUAUUAAUUUUAUAAUGGAGAAGUUUGCCGUGGAUCUUGAAAAGGUUUUGGACGAGUUUGAAUAUAAUGAAGAACGAGAAGAAAAUAUUUCUGUUGCAUCAAUCAGAAACUCAUCACAUCCUGCUCUUGGUUUAGGGGCUUUGAGACAGGUCCCAGUGGUCAGACCUCCCGCUGCUAGUUAUAGAAGACCAUCUUUUGAACCAAUCAAUCUCGCAGAUGCCGAUUUUGCAGCCUCUCCGCCUAAAACUCCAUCUCUUAACUUUAACCUAGGAACAUCAGUCACUGAAAGACAAAAUGCUGAUGAAACCUUUGCUUUUGCUGGGAACAGAGCCCAGCUUAAUAAUAGAAACUAUGUAACAGACAACAAAUUAGUAUCAGCAUUAAACAAUGAAGCAAAUAUUAAAAAUCAGUUGUUAUCAGAAUCAGAAGAUGAAACCACUAAAGAAUGGCCACAACCUCAUAGUUCUAUUACAAACGAUGAAAAACCAGACUUGCUCGAAUACAACAGUAAAAACAUAGCUUUUAGCACCAAUAAUUCAGAAAUCCAUAAUCAACUUCCUGACAUAACUUCAGUGAGGUCAUUGGAUCACGAAUCAAACAACAACCAAAACGAGAAUAUCGCAAGUUCAUUAGACCUGAUAUCGUCCACUAGUAGUCAUUUUGCUGGUGAAAUCAAAGAUGUAACACUUUCGAGUGAUACUUACGAGUCAGGUAAGUCAAAAUACACAACUCUCAGAGAAAAUCAUCAAAGUGAAAAUGGACUUCAAUGCACUGCUCAAUCAUAUGAAACUGUAAAUGCUCUAGAAAAAGAAGAAGAAGUAAACAGUGUGGUUUUGAAUCCCAGUGUUUCAGAUGACAGUUAUGAAUAUUCUAGUUUACCAUUACAUUCAAACAUUACACAGGUAUUGAACAAUGUGAGUGGAAAUCCGGAAUUGAGUAAUAUUGUUCCAUCAAGUUCACAAGAGAAAGUUAGGGCUUCAAUCUCCUACAAUGAUAACAGGAGUAUUGUAGUUACGACUGGAGAAAAUCUUGGAAACGUAGAGGUUAACGUUGAUAGUGAAAAUAUUUAUAGCUCAAAAACUGAUACCGCAGAGUCCCUUCAACCAAUAGGAUUCAAUGAUUAUGCAGAUGUUUCGGAAGGUGAGCUGGAGGAAUAUCUGAAAGAUUUGGAAGAAAUGGAGGAAACGGUUGAUUUCAAAGAUUUAAUUGUACCUGAAGAGUGUUUGAAAAUUGAAAUCACCAAUAAUGCAGAAAAUAGUCAGAUGUCAGUUGAAAUGAAGACAGGUGAACGUGGUUUUCGAGAUUACGUACCUGUUGAAAGUAUCAAAAUAAAAGAACAGGAAAACAUUGUAAAUGAUAAUAUGACUAAUGUUAACUGUGACGUUCCAUCUAUAAACGUUGUAGAAGGGAAAUCCUCAAUUUCAGAAAGAAGUAAAAAUGAUAUGACACAAAAAUGUGAAUCUCCCGUUUAUCAGUCGGACGAUUUUGAUACAUCUACUAGCAGUACUCCACUGAUAUCUGAGAAUGAAUCAACUAGCGAAGAGGUUGAUAAAACUCAGGAUAAAAUAUUUCUUAGUGAAGUAAAAUCAGAUGAAAGCCCAGUUAGUGAAAAGAUUACGAAUGUUGAUGUUCCUACAAGUAAAGAAAAUCCUGAAAAAAAUAGUACAAAUCCAUUCUGCAAUUCAAAUCCUUUUGAAAGCUCUAUGUCUAGUAGUAGAGAAUCCACAAAGGAUGUUGGUGGUGGCACAAAUCCUUUCGAUGACGAAGACAGCGGCUAUAUAAGUGAGAAGAUGGAAUCGAAAAGAAAAAGUACAAAUCCUUUUGAAGAAGAUGAUGAUAAAGACAUAACCGCUAGCAGUAUUUCUGAAACCGAAGAUCCUGCCAAGUUGGAAAAUCUAAAGGAAUGUUUAACUCUUACAGUUUCCAAACCUAAAAGUAAAAACGAAAAUGAAAAGGCAAAACUCAAUAAUUCUGCUUCAUCCGCUUCACAUAAAGACAAAAGUAAAAUAACUAAAGAAGAAAUACCGACUGUUGAACCAGUUCGUAAAUCUUCUCAUACAAAUGGUACAGACAAAUCCGUAAGCAGUAAUUCUGAAACUCAAGUCCCUGCCAUGCUGGAAAAUUUGAGAAUGAACGAAUGUUUAACUCUUGAACCCAAAAGUAAAAAUAAAGAAAAGGAAAAGUCAAAUGUUAAUAACUCCGCUUCAUCCGUCUCACAUAAAGAAAAAAGUAAAAUUACUAAAGAAGAAGUACCGACUGUUGAAACUAUUCGUGAAUCUUCACAUACUGAUGAAAAUACAGCCAACAGUACCAAGGAGUUGAGAGUUCAAAAUAAUUCUGAAAAGGACUCUUUACCCAGCACUAGUAGCAGUCAAGAAAAUCUUCCUAAAACACUGGGUGGUUCAACUAAAAUGAUCCCUAUAAAAACAGCUACUGAGUCACCUUCAGCUGAAAAUGUAGACGAAGCUGGUGUGGUAGCGGAGGAGGAAAGACCUCCGAGGCCGAACUCAUUGGAACUUCCAAAGAAGAUAACCGUUGAGGCAGCCGAGCCACAAUCACCUCCUCUACUAUCACCUCCGCUGUCACCACCUAUCACAGGCCAGUUGGCAAGAGAGUUCGGUCCCGAGGACCGACGGCUUGGCAAGAUUCCUCCGUUCUGGGUGCCUGACACAGACGCCCUCUCGUGUAUGCAGUGUCAGCAGAAGUUCACUGUCAUCAAGCGACGACAUCACUGCAGAGCUUGUGGCCAGGUAUUGUGCUACAAAUGCUGUUGUAAUAAAGCGAGGCUGGAAUAUAUGAACUUUACAGAAGCAAGGGUUUGCCAUCCAUGCUUCACUAUACUAGAAGCCUUGAACGCUUCGGAGGCGUCUAGUCCUCUUGGUCGUCAGCCAAAUCCUAACAACCCCAUGGAGUAUUGCUCCACUAUACCCCCGCUGCAGCAGGUUGCGGGAUCACUCCAUCAACCCCCGCCCAGUGUGAUGGUGCCAGUUGGAGUCCUCAAGCGAGAAGGUAGGAGCAGGUCAGAAGUGACGAAACAGGUGAUGUUCAGUGAUGGGAUUAGACCCGGAGGCGAUCUGACUGAGUUAGACGGCUCGUGUGAACCGAGGAUGCCUUUCCGUCGACCUGGUCGACUCACUAAACGAGUUGGUACCCCUCCAGGUGGGGUUGUUUCACCGUCCAUGCGUCGGGUGCUCGACCCGUCCACACUUAGCUUCAUCCCAGCCGAGGGCGACUCUAAUCUACCUCCGAUGGUGUCCAGGGUGCAGGGCGAGAUCACAUUCUCUGACCUGGAGACGCCCAUCGCCCUCAACCAGCCUAACGUCAAGUUUGCCAUCAAUCGCAACCUGUUUGUCAUCCUCAAACGGGUCAUGUUGGACUGCUGUGUGAACCGAGAGUGCUGGUGUUUCAGCACGGAGGGUCUCGCCUGCGUUGGUCAAGACGAGAUCGUGUUCCUACUAGAGUGUCUUCCCGAGGAAUCCCAACCCCCCAAAGAUAUUUUCCUGCUAAUCAACAACCUGUAUCAAGAAGCGGCUAAAGGGUCUACAGUCAGUGAGAUGUCCUUCACGCCAGCCACCCCCAACAUGCUCGGCUCUAAGGACCACGGCGGGUUCCUGUACAUCAGGACAUCCUACCAGUGUCUGACACAACUGGUGCUGCCCAACCCCCCUUACCUGGUGGCGCUGCUUAUAAACAGAUGGGAGACGCCGUGGGCUAGACUGUUCCCGCUGAGGUUGGUGCUAAGGCUGGGAGCUGAGUUCCGCUACUACCCUUGUCCUCUGGUGUCUGUGCGCAACCGACCUCCGUUGUAUACUGACAUCGGUCACACCAUCAUCAACAUCUUGGCUGACUUCCGUAAAUACUCCUACACGUUACCCAGCGUGAGGGGUUUGGUGAUUCAUAUGGAGGAUAGACAGACCACGAUCAACAUUCCUCGGAACCGAUAUGACCAGGUUGUCCGAGCGUUGAACAACUCCAACGACAGUGUGUUGGCGUUUGGUGCCAAUCUGAGUCUAGCGGCCGACUCACACCUCGUGUGCAUGCAGACUGCGGAGGACGAGAACACUGCGUACACCACGCAGGCUAUCAACAUUCACAACAAGCCUCGUAAAGUGACUGGGGCCAGUUUUGUCGUAUUUAACGGUGCCCUCAAAGUGCCAGGGUUGGCGGGCAAGUCCAACAUCGUAGAGGAUGGACUGAUGGUGCAGGUGCCAAGUGAGACGAUGACAGCUCUGCGGACCGCGCUGCGUGACAUGCGCGACUACACCAUCGGCUGUGGACCCAACGCCGAGGAGACAGUCGCCUUGCUGUGGACCGCAGAUGAUACCAACUUCAACAUCGGAGUGAAAAGCAGUAUAGAUGGGAGGCCAUUGGAUGGAGUGCCUUCUAUUAGAGUCCACAACGGGACGGACUACUCUGGCGGGACUCGUAUUAUCCGAUGGACGGAAGUAUUCAUUCUGCAGUGUGAUGACUCUGAACACUCGAGCGAGCCUCUAGACAUCAGUAGACUGUCCGAGUCCAUCGCCCGAGCCACCUGCCUUGCCCUCGUGCCGCUUCUGGACCUGUUGUCUGCCGCUUCGUUUUCUACAUUAGCUGUACGGACAACAAUACAUCCAGACAAUGUCGGUUAUGAGGCUGGUAGCAAUGGUGAGAAACUUCCCCCGCUCUACAUGAAGAGUCUGGACGAAGAGUUGAUUGCAGUAGUCCAUCAGGCAGCGCUGGCGUCACAAGACAAUCCGUGCGUGCUGGAACUCGUCUUUAGGAUCAUGGAACAAGGGUAGGGUGUAUUUCUCAACUGGGUUUUAAGUCAACCCGUUUUUAAAACUCGCUAGGUGCUCAGAGAAAAUAUUUCAUCCCUGGAUUAGUUUUUAAACUCGUAUUUUAUAGUCAGUCAAACUAUAGUGAGUGAACUAGCGUUCUCAAUAUGUCUAAGCCUCUGCUUUAAAGCAGAUUUGUCGAGAAUUCGGGAAGAAGAAAGUAACAUGAAGAGAUUAAUAUUACAACAUUGUUUAGAUUGUAGAAGAGCAACAAGUUUUGGCAGUAGGCCUAUUGCAAAAACGUUUUCGUGUGUAAAAUUCCAUGUUCUCAUACUGGUUUUGUUUACUAACAAUUUUAUCUUUCAAAAUUCAAUAUUAUCGUCAAUCAACCUUAUUUUAAUGAUAAAUCUGUACAGAAAACAUUUUCUAUUGAUAUAAUGACUUCAAUGCUUUAACACGUUCGCGGCGGCACGUCAAAUGGCGGGCUUAUCCCCAGUGCGGCGCAGCCCUCAGCGUCGAACAAACCCGAUUGCCGCGUGUGAUUGGCUUUCCAAUUUCGGUCUGACGUAUAGCAAAUAACGUGCGAGGAUGUCCUGCUUUACGUCGACGUAGUUCGCUAAACACCCACAGAUAGCAGCACUGCUUGGAACGUAGCCGGUCUCAUUGGAAUUGUAUUGCCAAAUGAAGGGAAAAAAACGGGACAAAAAGUACAUUUUUGAGAUUGCCAGACGGGGAUUUUACGGGGAAAUUUACUACCAACCUACACCACAAAAAAUACAGUAUACUACUGAGUAGUGCUGUGCGAGGUUUCAAGUUUCUAGCUCUAAUCCUAGCUUAAAGAAAAAUCAUCUCGUACUGCAUUGCAGCUUGGGAGUGAUCGCACCCACCAGGAUGGCAUUAGGGUUCCGUAUGGGAGCGAUUGCUCCCAUGCCGCCGCGAACGUGUUAACAAUGUCCGUUCUAAUAUGAAUUGCCUUCAUAAUCUCAUUAAGAGGGAUAAAAACUACUGUACAGGUAAAUUUAUUUAAAUUUGCUAUUUUUAGGUUAAAAAUACUAUCGAUUAUUUCCCGUUACUUUCUUAUUUACAGCUUUAAGCCAUUUGUAAAAUAUUUAGUAUUCUAGUUACCAUAUGUUAAAUAUUGAUCACAAAUAUUGCAUACAUUAACUCUUUACCAUAUGUUUAUAAGUAUAAGGUUAAACCAGUGCACCUCUUUAUUGUUCAAUUAAAAAUUUGAUUAGAAGAGGAAAAUUUAUUAUUAAUUAGACUACAUAUAUUGAAGCUAAAUAAUCAUUCUUCAAAUCAAAUUUUUUAAAUCAAAUGUGUAUGUUGUUGAAAAUGUUUAUUAUGCCUACAUUUAAGAAUUAGUUGGAUAAUUUAAAUCCAACUUUAUUUUAAAGCUAGUUUUGUUUUUAAAAUCAUUGUACAGAAGGUACGUCAGGUUUAGUUUGAUCAGUUUUGAUCAGAUCUUGGUUCGGACCAAAUGAAAUAAGCCUUUAGAGUUAAGAGUAGAUUGAAUAGUCUUAGGUUAAGUUUUUGUUUUAAAUAUUGUUAAAGAUUUCUGGGCAGCUCUAAGCUUUAUGAAUUACGUUUAUCACCAAAUGUGUGCCGUUUUCAAUCACGAUUUUAUGUGACAACUUGUUAUAUUUAUGGAUGCAUAUAAAAGAGGUAUCAGUUGAUUAAAUCAUAUUUUUUCAUUGUUCCUUCCAGGAAUGAACAUUAUUAUGGAAGGCUACUAUAUUUUGUAACAUUUUUUUAUUGAAGGAAUGGAUUUGUCUUAGGUUUGUGGCUACGAAAUGAGGUACAAUUAGUUUUUUAAUUUUGGACAGUAAUAUUUCAUCCACAUUAUCAAAUCUGGUUAAAUCUGUAAUGCAUACCAUAAAGAUUUAUUGCCACAAAUUUAGUUUUUCUGAAAAUUGAUUUUGGGUGUAGCAUCUCUUUUUCUAUAAACAUGAAUACCUAUCAAUAAACUUCAAAGAUAUUUUUUGACAAUUUUCACAACAAAUUGCAUCUUUAAAUUAAAUUGUAAUCUAAGAAGUAUAUUUAAAUAUUAUGAGUUAUGUAUUGUGAAUAUAAUUUUACAUCACUAGUAAUUUAGAAUCUCAGACUUUAAAAAAAUUGAUAUAUUUUGAAUAAUUGUUAGUAACAAAACAAAUAAACUACCAUGUUAUUUAACCCGAAAAUUGACACUGGCUUAAUACUUAGGGCUUAUUACUAAGUAAUAUUCUCAUUACUGAAAUAAAAUGUCCUAUCCAAUUGUGAAGAUUUUAGACAGGAUCGUUAUUGUUGUUUUGCUCGUUUUAUGAACUGUUUUAUAUCAAUAUUUUAUCUGUAGUGUAAAUAAUUAUUUUAAUAAUUUGCUAAAAUUAGAUGCCUUACUAAUGUGAUUUAAAAUUAAUGUUUUUCGGGAAUUUCCUCUCGGCAUGAAACUUUUUAUCUUGUAUAUAUCUCUCGUAUGAGUUGAACCUUAACUAUGAAAGGAAUAGAUUGUGGAUUAAAAUUGGUGAUCAGGUUGUUAACUAUGUAAAAGUAAAGUCACGUUAGUUUUAUAAACGAGAAGAGAAAAGGAAUUGUAUAUAAGAGGGUUUAUUUGAGAUAAAGUAGGUUUUUGUAUAUUCUACUUUAUAAAAAAUGCAUGUAAUGUCAAAUUGAAAGUGUAAAGGAUUGUAUAGUCAUUAUUACUAAUAUUUAUUGUUAUAUUAUAAGUGCAAUAAACAAAAAU